CCGUGUACUUCGGUAGUUUUGUUUCUCUGUUGUCGGCAUGCUAUUUGUAAUUCACAAUGGUGAUAUGUUGCUAUUUGGGAUGCGCGAAUCGCUCGACAUUCGCCUGCAAAGAAUCUGGUAUAACAUACCACUGUUUUCCUCGCGAUUCCUCUCUGCGGCUGGCAUGGGCACAUGCAAUUGGACGUCCAAGCUGGGUCCCAACAAAGAAUAGUGUUGUCUGCUCGAAGCAUUUCAGGAAUGACGAUUUUGACAGGACAUCACCGGCACGAGUCCGCCUACGACAAGGCGCUGUUCCCGUUGCACACUCUUCGGUACACGCUCUACAGCACCUGCAGGUGUUACAAGCCAGCAGACGAGAACCAAGUGAUAGCACAUCAGGUCCCUCUUUUGAACAGGAAGGCAGGUUGGGCCCACACUGCUCUGCGCAAGCUCAGCAGGGGUCCAGUACGGUGAGCCCACACUCUUUGAUCCAUGCUCAGCAGUAUCUACAAGAAACAGAAGUGCCACAUACUGUGUCUGAGCCUGGACCAGAGCUAUGUGACGUGCACGAAGCUAUGGAUGUAUUCACCUCGUCAACUAUGGGCACAUCAGGUGGUCACUUGGAUACUGCGCUGAGUGGUGACAGCACUGGAUUUGACUGCGAGAAUCUUUCAGCUUUUGAUGACUGGAAUGAGGCAGCAUCACCGAGUCUUUUGGAAAGCAGUACCAGUGCUGAAACUCCAAAAUCGUUGAAAUACCCAUCUCUGAUCACUAGUUCCUCCAGCAUUACCUUUUCUACCCCAAGCACCAGCAGAUAUGUGGUAAGAGUAGUGACCAGGGAUACUAAGAAUUGCAUGGGUAUAUACUGUGAAAAGAUUAACCAGUGGAUAUGCAGGAGAGAUAAUAUGUCAUACAGGUACAGGCAAACUGCUUGUAGACGGCAAACUCCACACUGAAAAUAGCUUAGCUUAGGUGCAAAGAACAUGCUGAAGAUUUGGUGCAAAGAAUGAAGUACAGCUGAGCAUGAGAGCAGAGGGCACAACCAUAGUGAAGUGCAGUUAAUGAAAGUCAUGAAAGUUUAUGAAAACUCUGAAACAGGGGGAGGAAGUAAUUUUUAAAGUACAUAUUUAUCGGAUGUAAAUACGACAUAUACGACAUGCUGGAGAACACAGUGAGGGAUUGGCCACACACCGAUAGUGUACAUGAGCAUUAAUGUCAAGAUUUCAUAAGAUAUUCGGUAGGAUACUUAGUUUCAUUCCCUCUAAUGACAAAUUAUCCACUGCAUACCACUUUCUGCAUGUUGUUGAUUACUUACAACUGUAACACAAACCACAAUGAAUUGUACACAUUUGACGAAAUAAAGAUUACUUUAGCCAU